GUGUUAUAUAACGACACUCGUCCGAGAUUGACUGCGCUCUGGACUGUAAGUUGAAACGUUAUUUUGUUUAUUGUUAAAUAAAAUUUUCAUAAUCAUCGAUUAUAAAAAUAGAGAUGUUUAAUUAAGAUUUGGAUGGUCAGGCGGAUGGUUAUGAAAUCACUGGGUGUUACAAUUGUCCCGGCUUCAUUCAAACGGAUCAACAUGUUUAUGCCGGGAUGCCACUAGAACCAGAUAACGCUCCAAAACGGUUCAGUAUUGUUCAGGAUAUUAAUGACUCGGGGAACUGGCUGGCGCUAUACGAUGACGGUAUAGUUGGCUACUGGCCAAAGGAACUGUUCACACAUCUAAAGGAUGGAGCCACGUUUGUAAAAUACGGCGGCAGCGCGUUCGAAUCGAUCAACAAAACUCGUCCCGCGAUGGGGAACGGUUCUUUUCCGUCCAAGAUCGCAGAGGAGUACAACAAGAGCGCCUUCUUCGCACAUUGCCAAUACUCGAACGCGGAGUCCGAAGGGGUGCUGGUCGAUAUAAGCGCUCCUAAGGUGUAUCCCGUCACGACCUUCCCCCUUUGUUACGAGACAGAGUAUUUCCUAACUUUGAUGCCUGAGUUGGGCCAAAUGUUUGCGUACGGUGGAAGUGGCGGAGAUUGUCGAGGCAUGUGAACUUUGGUGACCGAACAGAUCCGUUAAUUUCACUCUCAAACCCUAAUAUUAAGAUGCAAUAAAAAUUUUGGAAAUGAUCCAAAGUGUGCUUACUAAGUUGCGUAAAAUCAGAUUUCGCAUUCUCGUGAAUAUCGUGGUCAUAUACACAUAUAAAGUGCAAAAUAGUUUCAUAUAUAUAUAUAUAUAUAUAUAUAUAUACAUGGGGAAAAAUCUAUAAAAAAAAUUAACGGAACUAAGAGAUAAUUACGUAUUCAUACUAGACUUUUUCGACGGUCAUAUUCAUACUAAAAUUUUAAAAUUAGACACAAACAUAUUCAUCUUUUUUAGAAUAUUUAUAAAGCCCGUUAACUUUUUUAGAAG